ACUUACGUCCUCAGGUGGGUUUUAAAGGACAUGGACAUCUGAACGGCGCCGGUAGUUGUAUGAUACUUGAACGCUGGUGACGAUGAGUGGAAGGGGAAAGGGCGGCAAAGGACUCGGAAAGGGAGGCGCUAAGCGGCACCGUAAAGUUCUUCGUGAUAACAUCCAGGGAAUCACCAAACCCGCCAUCCGCCGUCUGGCUCGUCGCGGCGGCGUCAAGCGGAUUUCCGGUCUUAUCUACGAGGAGACUCGCGGUGUGUUGAAGGUGUUUCUGGAGAACGUGAUCCGUGAUGCCGUCACCUACACUGAACACGCCAAGAGGAAGACUGUGACCGCCAUGGAUGUGGUGUACGCUCUGAAGAGACAGGGAAGGACCCUGUACGGCUUCGGUGGUUAAACCGCUUCAGUGUCUCUAAUGACAACACAAAGGCUCUUUUAAGAGCCGCCCACUGUCCUAUGAAAGAGCUCAUCUCCUUUGAUUGUAUGGUAACACAAUU